AGCACGGUGAUGCUAGCCUGCUGGUGUAAACAGCGGUACGCUGCAUUAGGCUACUAGAAAAUUAAACGUGUUGAUGAAACGUUUAGGACGUUUGGUUCAAUACUGAAUUCUAAAGCAAAAUUGGGAUUCAGCAGCAAAGAAAAGGUUGGAGAAGUUAGCAUUUACGGCGAUUACAAGAAGAGGACGCAUCGGAUUCAGCAACUAACACAGGACUGUUUUUUAUUUCAGUGUCAACUUCAGGAUGUUAUUAACUUCCUUCAUCAGAGUGACUUCUUCUCUCCCAGCCUUCUAGAGUAAGGAAGGACGUAUUGUUAAUGUGAAUGCCUGUCUCUACGGUAGAGAGAGACUAAGCCCAAGGAGGAAGAAACAGUAAAGCUUUUAUUGCACUCCGUCUUUCCCGCGGACUGAACUGAACCAUGCAGCGUCCCUUGGACUUGGGGGCUCACUAUUAUCCCCCGGAGGCUCACCCCGACCACCGCUCCCACUCACACCGCUACCGAAGCUUUAUGAUCGAAGAGAUUCUCACCGACCACCCGGACCACAAGGUGUCUACCCCAGCAGGGGAGCUGCUCAAGUUCGGAGUACAAGCUCUGCUCUCGGCGCGGCCAUACCACAACCACCUGGGUAAGCUGCGAUGCUUUUGGUUUAGAGGGAGAUGUAGCCCACUCAACUUUAUAUUCAAAAUUACUCCAAUGAUUAUAUUGUAUUUGCUAUUAGUCUUUGUUAGUCUUCGCUUGACGACUGCUUUUGCUUUUCAACUCAAACUACUCGUUCUGUCAGUAGCCUAAUUGUCCUAAAUGGCGCGCGUAAAACAUUGAUUUGAUGUAUCUUUGCAUAUGAUUUACAUUCGUUUCCCUGGUAUAAUUUCUUAUACAAAGUGCACAAUCUAGGUUAUUUUUUUGUGAAUGUGUGUAGAAUACUAGGCUAUAGGGCAGGCCUACCAAGUGUUGCUUUGAUGCUUCCCAAAAUAUGCAAUCGACAAAGUAACUCAAUAUUCACCAUACUUUUUUUUUUGAAAAACCAGAUUACAAUUCCAUUGGACUUUUAACAAGGUUUCUAUAUUUUGUCAUAUAAACUGUAGUCUAUCGAAAUGUAUAGACAAGUUUGACUCAUUUGUGAAUAUUUCCACUCAUCGAGCUAAUGGUCACACUGGGUCACCAAACUUUAGAAAGGACGAUGCGGGCCUGUUUCUGUUCUGGACCCAGGCGUGUGUCUACAGAGCAUUGGGCUCAUGUCUAUGUCCAAUUACCAUAGUAUUAUCCUUUUGUUAAAGCUGUUUACAUUGAUUGGCCAUACGAUUUGUAAAACUAGGCCUUGUUUAUCGAAGACCACUAUGUUUUGCAUGUCAGCAGUCAUGGGCCAUACGAAUUUGGCUCAGGGAAAUUGUGUUGGUGGGGGAGAAAACAGACAUAUUCAAACAUUUCAUGAAGUAAAUGCAUAAUAGGUUUGCUUAUCAAUAUUUCAACCAAGUUAUUACAUUUCUAAAUUUCCUGACAUUGACUGAAUGUAUCAUUUAAUUAUUAUUAAUUACACUAUAAAAACUAUUAUUAUAAGCAUGAUAACAAUAAAAUAAUUACAAUUACAUUUUACAAUUAAAUUAUUAUUAUUUGUAGUAGGCCUAGGUUUAGUGUAAUAUACCUAAUACAAAUAACGAUAAUAUAUGUACUACUUCUACUAUUAUACUACUACUUAAAUACUAUCAUAAUAACAAAUAAAAUACGAAUAGUUCUUAUAAUUAUAGAAUAAAAUGUUACUGUAUUUAUUUUAACCUAUAUUUUGCACCAAUUUGUAAGUCGCUCUGGAUAAGAGCGUCUGCUAAAUGACUUAAAUGUAAAUGUACAUUUUACUAGAAAAAUCUGUCAUCGUCACGUAGAACCAAUUAAGAUAAUAGCCAAGUGUGUAGCCUAUAGGCGUUGUUAAGUUUACUAUUUUCGUGUAGGAGUUCAAUGGGGGAUAAUCCAAUUUAUACGUGAAAUUGUUUGACUUACAGUUUUGAAGGCAGACCAAUCGGGUAUCCUUAAGUUCCCCAUGUCGCCACUCUCCUGCUCACUGGGAUCACCGUUAGGCUCCGCUCUCCUAUCCGGGGCUCCGGGGCUCCACGGCGGCUCAGCCUCCCACCACCUCCCGUUGGACCUCCACCUCAGGAGCAAGCUGGAACACGGCGGAGACUGCAACAGCAAGACCAAGAAGGGCCGCCGGAGCAGGACGGUCUUCACUGAGUUACAGCUCAUGGGCCUGGAGAAAAGAUUUGAGAAACAGAAGUACCUUUCAACACCAGACAGGUAUUUAAAUCAAUUGAACCGUUCAAUUAACCUGAUUUAUCCCCAGGGGGCAAUACUUGCUGUGCGUAACAGUGACUCGCAAAUUAGUCAGACAUACAACACAACACAAUAACAUAGGCCUACAAUCAGUCAUAUAUCCCCAUAAGACUGAUGACACGAAUGCAAGAUAUUGACACGAAUGCAAUAUAUCUCUUAACAUGCUAGAUAUGGACUCAACUGCUUUUUAAUGCAAGAUGUGAUGUGAUAUUGGAUUGAAAUGAAAGGAAAUAUCUCUCAUCUCCGCUUUGUCCCCGUGCAGAAUAGAUCUGGCUGAGUCUCUGGAUCUGAGUCAACUACAAGUCAAGACCUGGUACCAGAACAGACGAAUGAAAUGGAAGAAAAUAGUACGUUCUUAUUUCUUAUUCUGAACAAUAUUGACAAGGAGGCGAGUGGUUUUGAUAAAUAAUGAUAUUAGUUUACUUGUCCAUUAACUUGGUUUUAUGGUAGGCCUAAACAGUUUAAUUGUAGACUAUUUAGUAGUUUUAAAACUUGAAUUGUUCCAACUUUACAGGUCCUACAAGGAGGAGGAUUGGAAUCUCCAACCAAACCAAAAGGCCGCCCGAAGAAGAAUUCCAUCCCCUCGAGCGAGCAGCUUUCGGAGCAGGAGAGGUCUGGAGACGUCGACCGUCAGUCCGACGGUUCCACCUCGUCACAUUCAGACACUAACCAAGAGGAAUAAUAAUGUUGGUGCUCCGACUAACUAACAACUCUCUGAAGACGUUCACCAGACGUUCAUACAGUCUCCGGGAUGCGUAAUGGUGGUCGACCGUUGGAUCGAAGUACCUUUGCCCUUGACUUCGAAUGUUUUGGCACUUACAUACAGAGAGACUGAUGUUGGCCUCCCGUAGAAGAGGCGGAACUCUAUUUUUUAUUACUAGUAUCGUUCUUCAGACACUUCCUCCUUGGGACGAGGUUACUUUUCGUAUGAUAUUGUCACGUCUUCUUUCGUAAUCAAUGUGUUCUCAAUACCUAUGCUCCCACCCGCGUCACGCCGAACUAACCGUUACGGAGCGGUAGUGGAGGGGAGGAAGGGACAGAGACGCACACAUCGAGCAGUAGGUCCACUUUUUCAUUGCCUCCAUUCAAAGGACCCACUUUACACACACUUCUUCUGAUCUGUUCUGCCUUUGUUUUGCAUAUUUACAUGAUUUAUGAAGCUAUGUUUUUAUUAUAAG